CCCGGAGCUGGGCGGGGCAGGCUCGGCCCAUGUGACCUCGCCCGCCCGCGCCCCGCGCCACCCCCCCAGGUCAGGUGCCGGGUGCCCCGCGCCCCGCGCCCAGCCUGGCCCCGGCCAUCCUGCGUCGCCCCAGUGCGCCCGGACCGACGCCCCGCCUGGUCGCCUUCCUUCCCCUGUAGGACCGGAGACAGCAGCCCCAGGGGCAGGGCCAGGGCCUGCCCGCCGGGAAAGGAACCGGUGUGAUCCUGACAAGCAGAGAUGGGGAAAAAACUGGAUCUUUCCAAGCUCACGGACGAAGAGGCCAAGCACGUCUGGGAAGUGGUUCAGCGGGACUUUGACCUGAGAAGGAAAGAAGAGGAACGACUGGAGGGGUUAAAGGGCAAGAUUAAGAAGGAAAGCUCCCAGCGGGAGCUGCUUGCGGACUCCGCGCACCUGAAUGAGACCCACUGUGCCCGCUGCCUGCAGCCCUACCGGCUUCUCGUGACCCCCAAAAGGCAGUGCCUGGACUGUCACCUCUUCACCUGCCAAGACUGCAGCCACGCCCACCCGGAGGAGCAGGGCUGGCUCUGCGACCCCUGCCACCUGGCCAGAGUUGUGAAGAUCGGCUCGGUAGAGUGGUACCACAAGCACCUGAGGGCCCGCUUCAAGCGGUUCGGGAGUGCCAAGGUGAUCCGGUCCCUGUGCGGACGGCUGCAGGGUGCAGGUUCGCCUGACAGCGCGCGCAGCUUACCUGACACCCACAGUGGGCCGGAGCCAAGCCCUGGUGAGGGAAGUGGAGACAGUGAACAGACAGAUGAGGAUGGAGAACCGGGCACAGUGGCCCAGGCCCAGCCCCUCGGCAGCACAAAAAAGCGCCUCUCCUUCCACGACUUGGACUUUGAGGCAGACUCUGACGACUCCACUUGGUCUGGAAGUCACCCCCCCCACUCGUCCCCAGUCUCAGUGGCCACAGACAGCCUGCAGGUCCCGUGUGCCCAGGCCCUCACGCAUGAGCCUCGUGCAGAGGACGCCUCCCAGGAGGCCGCCGUCCUGGAGGAGGCGGAUGUUGAUGCCUCUGGGUGCUGUGCGCAUCCAGAAGAGCAGAUGGACAGCCUCUCACCUGCCGGACGGGACGCCCUCGCGGAGCCCUGCCCCCCUGCGGGGUCCUGCAGCACAGCCACAGCUGGGACGCACGCCAUCGGGAGGGAGCCCCUCCGCUCCCAGCAUCUGGCCGACGCGGACAUCUCCGUCUCCGAAGACGAGGACGCCGGGGCUCCGGGCACCACCUCCCAGCAUCCCCGACGGGGAGGCCACACUCCAGCUGAGAGUCAGUGUCUCGCCGGCCGUGAGCCCACCGACGCCGACAGAGAAGAGGAGACCCUCAGGAGGAAGCUGGAGGAGCUGACCUGCCGCGUCAGUGACCAGGGCGCCUCAUCCGAGGAGGCGGGGAGCGAGGAGGAAGGGUCAGACCUGGCCAGGAGCCCCUCCUCGCAGGACCUCCCCGGGGCAGCCCCGGAGGUGUGCGCGGCUGCGGGCCAAACGCACGGACGGGACACGACCCCCUGGGGCCCUCGGGACCUCGUGCAGCCCGGCAGGACCACAGACGAGGAGCUGCUGCAGCUGGAGGACAGAGUGGCCCUGACGGCCUGUGAGGUCCAGCAGGUGGAGAGCGAGGUGUCCAACAUCAAGUCCAAGAUUGCGGCCUUGCAGGCUGCGGGGCUCACGGUGAAGCCCUCGGGGAAGCCCCGGAGGAAGUCCAACCUCCCGAUAUUUCUUCCCCGACUUGCUGGGAGUUACGACCAGAGGCCUAAGGAUCCGAAUGCAGAAACUUUGGACGAGGUGACGACUGCGCCCUAUCUCCUCAGAAGGAAGUUCAGUAAUUCUCCGAAAAGCCAAGGUAGAGCCGCCGACUCUGCUCGGCCAUCGGCGUUGGCGUACCGCGGAGGAUCCCUGACGCAGAGGAACCCCAACAGCAGGAAGGGGGUGGCCGCCCACAGCUUCGCAAAGCCUGUGAUGACCCAGCAGCCCUGAAGGGGCCCGACGGAGCCACCCGGGCCCACCUCCCGUCUCCCUGCACCUCAACUCGUGCUCCUCCACCUGCCCUGAACGUCGUGCUGCACACAGUCGGGGGACACGGGACAAGACGGAGCCCCGUCCGAAAGCGAGCCCUCCUGCGAGGUGACAGCGCUCCAGACCCGCCGCUAUCCCCCACCCCUGCUCCCUGACGCCCUCGGCCACCGCCCCUGCCGGCCUGCCCCGACCCCUGAGAAACGCCGAGGCUGACGUGGCUUUCCUGUACGACGGAGUUCCACGCACGUAUCGAAGGCCACGGAGAAGAAUGCUCCAGCCUGAUCUUUUGUCCCUUUCCGAGCCGGCCUGGCCAGAGGGGGGCUGGCCCCGCGCAGCACCUGACGUGUGCUCCAGCCUGGGUGGGAGCAGGGCAGGCGUGCGUGUCCCCAUGUGUGCACGUGCGCUGUCGGACCGGGCAACUGCGCGUCGAGGCGGGCGACGGAACCCCUGACCAGCCGACCUCCCCGCCCUCCUCCUGCCCCCCGUUCUGCGAGGCCACCUGGGAUUCACAGACUGGGGGCAAUCCUGCUGCGGUCCAGGGCACAGCGUGCACAAGGCAGCAGGGGAGCCUCGGAUCCACGUUGGAGGGCAGAGGACCUGCUGGGGAGGUGGGCCGCAGGGUGGGUUCCAGCCUGGCGCUGUCACUCAUGCAGGGGUCAGCCGGUGGGACCGAGGGGCCAGGACCAACUAGGGAUGCCCGCUAGCCACCUGCCGUCAGUUCUGGAGGGGCCCUGAGUCGUCCUCCACCUGGGGCAGCCUGGGAGUCAGGGUUGCUUUUGGGUGACUGGGUGGCUCAUCCGGUUCUAAGGGGAGCCCACGGGGACCCUGCGGGGGGGGGCCGCCUCAGAACAUGGUAAUUGUAAUUGCACACGCCCCUCCGCCCCGGCUGCACACUGUGACCCACCCCACGGGGACUCGUGUGUGCAAUCUUGGCUUGAAUUUAAGCCUGUUUUGUGGACGAGGACACGGAGCCCUGAGUGCGAGGCAGCGUCCCCCUGGAGCGAGAGCUGAUCGCAGGCACAGCUCCACGCACCCCCCUCCCCGCACCCACCCAGGACCCCAAGCCUUGCACCUCCACCGAGCCGCAGGUGCAGCCGCCGCCGGGCUGGCCCACGGGCUUCGGGAACCAGCUUCUGGAUGGAUCCGGCUGCCGGGGCUGCCGGGGUGUGUAGAAGAGACGGGUCUGACACCCCUGCUCCGGGCGGCCACCUGGCUCCUGACUCAAAGCCGAGUGAUGGAAGGCGUCCUACAGACGAAAGGGGAUCCGUUUCUUUGUUGGCGCGCCCCUCCCUGUUCACAGAGUACCUUAAAGUCAGUGCGAGUUCAUGGGAGUCCGAGCAGUGAGUCCGCUGGCCCUGGGUGUGUCCCCGAGGGUUGACAGUGGGUCCCCAGUUUACCUGCUCGUGUCCCAGAACCUCGCUAGCCAGGCUCCUCCCUGGCUGAUCUGAGCUCCGAGAACCUCAAACUCCCAACAGCCGGGUGUCCCCUGUCAGGGUGGCCUCGAGGGGCGUGUGAGCCGUCAUCGGUGCCUUCAGACUUGUGCCUUCACUCCCUCAGCAGCCCUGCACGGAGACCCGACAGUGCGGGAGGCUGGGGGGGUCCUUCCCAGCCCCUGCCCUGGUCCCGCCGGCCCAGCCCCCCACGCUGGAGCCCCUUCUCCAUCCCCAUCCGGCCCCAAGGCCUCGGGCCCCUGGGAGCUGGACGUGUGGCCGAUUCCACCCCAGAGAGCAGCCACCACCACCGCCUCUGGGGGCUCAGAGUCACCCUUCCAGCCGAACUUGGUCUCACGCCCCAGUUGCUUGCUGUGCCCUCUAGUGUCCCCUCCGGCCUUCCAGGGGCUCCGGCCACGGCUCGCUCGCCUUCGCCCCCACCUCCUGUCAGGAGAACGUGGCUAUUUGGAGUGUAUCUUUAGGCCAAACACUUCCACUCGGUUCUUUUCCACGAUGUCUGGGUCUCGUUGCUCGUGGGACACAUCUGCCCGCGUCUUGAUAAACCCAGGUGCUGGGUCUAUGCCUGUGUCACGGUGCAUCAGUGCUGUCUCUGCUCUUGGGAACCGUGGGCCAUUGCUCCAUGGAGACCUUCGUCGUGACUUGUGACAGCGUCCCCAGGGAGCGCUGGCUGCUUGGGCUGCCGUUGUGGGGGGCAGGAGGGUCACUGUGAGCCCCACUGCCCAGACCCCUUGCCUUCCAAACAAGCCCCUGGGAAGCUUGAGAAGACCUGUCCCCCGAGCCUGGGGGCCACCAGGCCUGACAGUUUUGGGGGAGCUGCUCCCAAGGCAGGCCAGCCCCACCUCCUUUCUCCAAAGUCCCCGUUGCCCCUGCGUCCUCCCGAGGAUACCUGCCCCAUGGCCCAGACCUGAGUCCAUGGAUCGGGCCACAUCUCUGUGCUGCCUUGUCUGUGAUGCUUUUGUGCUACAACAACAGAGUUGGGUCGUUACCAUCUGACCCCGUACGGGACAAGGUUGCCGACUCCCGGCCUGGGCCCUUGUCCCGGCUUCUGCAAGGAGCCGUCCCAGGCAGCGGCUGGCAGGGCGAGAGGAGCACACCAGCUUCCUCCAGUCCGGCCCCCCACGGCCCCCCAGCCAGCCGCCCUGCCCUCUCCACAGCCCUCCACCCCUGCACUCCUCCCCCGGCUUGUGCCGGGAAAGGUGCGGCACCCACGCCAGCGCGCACCGUCUUGGCAAACGGGAUGCGUUGCAUCCUGGAACAGGGGGUGGCAGCCAGCCCGGAUCUCGAGGGGCCCCGGGGCUGCUCCUAACAAAUUCUCACCCGCCAGCAAUGGACCGUCUCAGGGUGGAGGCCGGAAGUCUGGGAUCGGCAUGUGGGCAGGCCCUGCUCCCUGCAGCCGCUCUCGGAGACACUCCCUUCUCUGCCUGCCCGAGCCUCGGGGGCCCCCGCCGUCCUGAGCCUGUGGCUGCGUCAUCCCACGUUGUGGCCCCGUCCUCACAGGGCCCACUGUGUCUGUGUCACAUCUCCCUCUGCCCUUCUCUUACAAGGAUGCUCAUCCCUGGAUUUGGGACCCACCUCAGUUAUCCGGGUAAUCUCAUCGGACAUCUUCACCCUCCAGACGUGUACAAAGACCCUUUUUGCAAAUAAAAUCACCUUCCCAGUUU